GGUGAACACAUUUGGAACUAUGUUGACACGACUGUCCUUCGCACUUCAUCCUUCGCCCGCCUUCACGUGUCAGCUACAUCGGAUAGAUGUAUCCUUUGUACCUCGAGCAGAGAGCUCUGGGAGAACUGCACAUGAUGAGUACUCUUAUAACUCAGGAAGUAACGACGAAAGGAGGAAGGCGACCAUCGAGCACAUCUACCGCGACACUGAUGGCGUUGCAGAAAACAGCUCCUCUUCUUCUGUACCUUGGUCAAUGGGUUGGCAAAUGAACGAGAGAAAUACCGUCUGGAACGACGAUCUGAAGCUCAGAUUACUCAAAAGGAGUAUAGCGGAGAAAGCAAGGUUACAAACAGAGGAGAUGGAUGCUCGCCUUAAUGAGGUCAUAUCUCUAUUGCCUGGCCUUGUAUCACGUCUGCCAUAUAUCAAGGCUGAUACAGCUGCACAGCUGUGUGCAGACCCGCGGGCUCUUGCAGAGCGUCUCCUGCAGGUCAAAAGCAUUUUCCCUGGAGCUGAUGCUGCCCAGAUAUUUUUGGAGCACCCAAUGUAUAUGCUCAGACAGGACAUUAGCAUCAUAAAGGCUGCAGCUGAUCGGCUUCGGGAUCUCAUUCCAGAUGUUGAUGUUGACAAACUGGUUGAGGAGCAUCCGCAACUCUUGGAUGUCAAAGGCUUUGAGCAGGCUUUGAGUCAUGCAAGAGAGACGAUCCCGUCAUUAGAUGUUGGGCACAUGAUGCGGUACAACCCCUCCAUGAUCUUUGGUUUCCAGCGAGGUGCACAGCUCAUCCCUUAUGAUGAGGUCCCUACAUCUCCUUGAUGGUGCUACGAAUGGUGUGCACAUGUGAGCGGACAAAAUCUUCCAGCAGGCCGUGGUUGAUCCUUGACAUUCUCCUAUGAUAGGUAUAGCUGAGACGACUCGUUGGAUUAGACCAGGGGGACUGCUAGAACAGAUGUAAACAUCAGUACAAGUUGCAAUGACAUCAGUGUGCAGGAAAUUGCAGUUGUAGGCAAUCCGAGUUGUAAACUACAACUUGUAUU